UACAUCCCAAGUUCUAUAGAAAAUAAAAACUUUUUGCGAUCAAAACCUCCAACGAGAGAAAGUUAAACUAAACAACUCCGAUUCACAUACAGAUCCCUAAAGAAUCCUUUGUUGUUCCAAUGUCGAAGCAAACGUACAAAGUCUGUUUCUGUUUCCGUCGCAGGUACCGACACACGGCAUCGGUUGCACCGUCUGAGAUCAAGACCAUUUUCGAUAACUACUCCGACAAAGGGCUCAUGACUGUCGAUCAUCUCCUUAGGUUUCUCACCGAUGUUCAGAAACAAGAUCAAUCUACGAGAGAAGAAGCUCAAGCGAUCGUCAAUGCCUCAUCUUCUCUUCUUCACCGCAAUGGUCUCCAUCUUGAUGCUUUCUUCAAAUACCUAUUCAGUGUUAACAACUCUCCUCUUGCUUAUCAUGAGGUGCACCAAGACAUGGAUGCUCCAUUGUCACAUUAUUUCAUAUUUACGGGGCAUAAUUCGUAUUUAACUGGUAAUCAGCUGAGUAGUGACUGCAGUGAAGUACCUAUAAUAGAUGCAUUGAGGAAAGGUGUCAGGGUUAUUGAAUUAGAUCUUUGGCCAAACUCAGAUGAAGAUGGUAUUGAUGUUCUUCAUGGAAGGACACUUACAUCACCUGUGGAGCUGAGCAGAUGUCUGAAUGCUAUUCAAACAUAUGCAUUUGAUGUGUCAGAUUAUCCAGUUGUUGUAACUUUUGAAGAUCAUCUUACUCCAAAACUCCAGGCUAAAGUUGCCGAGAUGGUUAGUGAGAUCUUUGGAGAAAUUUUGUUUACUCCUCCUCCUGGAGAAUGCUUAAAGGAGUUCCCAUCACCAGCGUCUUUGAAAAAGCGUAUUAUCAUCUCAACCAAACCUCCAAAAGAGUACAAGAAAACGACAGAUGAUGAAGAUGUGGUGAAGAAAGAUAGGAGUUUGGGUGAUGAAGAAGUUUGGGGGAGAGAGGUUCCAACCUUUACCCGGAAGGACACAAGUGAUGACAAGAAUGAUUCAAAUGAUGAUGAUGACGAUGAUGAUGACGACGAUGAUGAUGAAGGAGAUAAGUUAAAAAAGAAUGUGCCACCACAAUAUAAGAAUCUGAUUGCAAUCCAGGCUGGGAAACCAAAAGGCGGGAUGGUUGAAUGUUUGAAAGUGAAUCCUGAUAAAGUAAGAAGGCUUAGCUUGAGUGAAGAACAACUUGAAAAGGCCUCAGAAAAGUAUGCAAAACAGAUUGUGAGCUUUACUCAGCGGAAUAUGCUUCGGAUUUACCCAAAAGGAACUAGAAUUACUUCAUCAAAUUACAAUCCAUUGGUUGGCUGGAGCCAUGGUGCUCAAAUGGUGGCUUUCAAUAUGCAGGGACAAGGAAGAUCACUAUGGGUCAUGCAAGGAAUGUUCAGAGCCAAUGGAGGUUGUGGAUACAUCAAGAAACCAGAUAUUCUGUUGAAGUCUGACCCUGUGUUUGAUCCGGAAGCUACAUUACCUGUAAAGACAACACUAAGGGUAACUAUCUACAUGGGAGAAGGCUGGUACUACGAUUUUCCUCACACACACUUUGAUAGAUAUUCUCCACCUGAUUUCUAUACAAGGGUGGGGAUUGCUGGAGUCACAGCGGAUACGGUCAUGAGGAAGACGAAAAUGUUAGAGGAUAAUUGGAUACCAGAUUGGAAUGAGGUUUUUGAGUUCCCAUUAACGGUUCCAGAGCUUGCUCUUUUGCGCAUAGAGGUACAUGAGUAUGACAUGUCGGAGAAAGAUGAUUUUGGAGGCCAAACUUGCUUGCCGGUUUGGGAACUGAGGCAAGGAAUACGUGUUGUUCCUUUGCAUAAUCAGGAUGGGGUGAAGUGUAGAUCCGUGAAGCUUCUUGUGCGGUUGGAGUUUGUGUGAGUUUAUAUAUAAGAAAUGUUCUCCGGGUUUAAGCACUUUAAACCGGAUCUGGUACAGAAAAUAAACCGAGUUUGUGAUUGUGGUUGGAUGAGUUUGGUAAUGGUGAGAUCGUUCCGUAUUGGUUUUUUA